AGUAUUGCCAAGGCCUUUCUCGUUACUGUCAGAUGACAAUGGGUCAUCGUUCUUGAAAUUAACAGAGCAAGUAUCCUUGGUCCAUAUCGAACCAGAGAAAACCUUGUUUCUCACUCUCUCUUAGUCUGUAUUAGGCGAUUUAAACUAUGAAUAUACCUUCUCAAAUCACACGGAUUCCCCAUCCUAACCCAACGACGAGCGUGUAUCCAGAGGAACAAAGAAGGUCGAUUCCGACAACAUGGGUUUGGGAGCCGCUGAUUCUUCGUCCACUGGAGAGACGGUGAUGGUGGUGUUGGACGCCAACAGGAGCAGAGGAAACUUGCAUGCUCUUGAAUGGGCUCUCAGGCACGUCGUCCGACGAGGACACACUGUUCUUGUUCUUGGCAUCUUCUGCAAGAUUGGCAAGCGAGCUUCCUGUUUUCCAUUUCACAUGGCAGGGGAAAAACUAGAGCGCUUAGGAGAAGGGGAAGUGGAUCCGACAGAUCUCAAGGAAGAGAUCGCUGAAAAGAGGGAUGAAUACAAGAGUUGCCUUCAGCCAUUUUAUCGGCACUGCAAGAAAAAUGAGGUUAGAGACUAUUUAAUUUACAGUAAGAAGAAAACCCCACUGAGCAGGCAUAGAACUUUCCUUGUGCAGGUGAAAUUGGAAAGUAAAAUUGCUGCUGGAUUUUGUCCGAGAAAUGUAACAGUUGAAGAAGCACAGAGCUGUAAUACUUGUUGGAUCAUCUUGGACAGCCAUCUAAAGAAAGACAAAACCUACAUAUAUGGGCACGUGGGCUGCAAUCUUGCACUAGUCAAGGGCAAAGAUGUGGUGACUUUAAUGCCAUCGAAAGUAAUCCUGCAGGAAAGUUCUUCUCUGAAGCAUAGAAGGGUUGAUGAUGGACAUCUCUCCAAUGAUCCUAUUACAGAUAACCAGGAAGGGACGUCCAUAACACCUCCACCUAAGAACCGUAAUUGGUACCCACUCGCCUGGAGAACUGGCUUUCCUCGAUCCUUUACUCAGAGUGAGCUUGAAGUGAUAACCAGUGGUUUUUCCAAGGAGAGUAUUGUGCAAACUCUAGACAAUAUACAUAUGUAUCAAGGACAAUUUCAGGAAACACCUGUCCUGGUAAAAUGUUUCUCGCCAAAUGAUGAACAUUUUUGGUCAAUGCUGAGGAUCCUUUCCCGUGUACGCCACCGGAAUAUCUUGAAUAUUGUUGGGUACUGCUUCGCGGGUUCUUCCAUGUUCUUGCUCUUCGACUUCCCCUUUAUGGGUACUUUGGAAAUUAACUUGCAAAAUAACGAUUUGGCUGAAAAAAUACCAUGGAAAGCAAGAUGGUACAUAGCGGUGGAAAUAGGUGCAUGUUUGCGCUAUCUUCAUGAGGAAUGUGUUGAUGGACCAAUCGUGCAUCUCUCUGUCUGUUCCAGUCAUGUCAUCUAUCCUCUUGGUGGCUCUGCAAUGCUUGCGAACUUCAUGACUGCCAAAUGCCUCAAGGACAGUUCUCCAAGAGAUAAUCAAUCAUUAGCUCACUGCUUGAAUCUGCAAGAAGGCGAUGGCAUUGCUAUCGAUGUGCAAGGCUAUGGGAUUUUUCUGUUGGAGCUCAUAACAGGAAGGAGUGCCCGAUGUUUUCUGGACCCCAACAAGGAGGAUCUCAUUGACUGGGCUUUACCUGCAAUAGAAAAAGGUUCUCUGAGUGAAGUCAGAGACCCGAGAUUGACAGAUACUACUGAUGAUAGAUUCAUCGAUCAUAUGGCUCAAGCUGCUUUGCUCUGCCUGCAUGAUUUAAAUCGCAGAAUCUCCAUGAGUGAGGUUUUAGCCGUGGUUCGAGGUCAUCCCAUCGCAAGACCUGGUUGUUAGGAUUUCUCGGAAGAAGUCUACAUAUGUCUCUGUGUACAAAUACUUAUUAGUGUAACGAUGAUCAAUGACUGGUCUUGUUUAGAAGAUAAACAGGAACCCUGUUGGGGCCAGGAUGAUUUGGAUGAACUUGUGCUCCAAAUCUAGAAAAGCAAAUUAGCCAUGUCAUGUAAUAACAAAGAUGAGACUCACCAGAUUCGC